CCGAACGCGACACUGGAAGAAUGGACAUUGUAUUAUACAGAGAGAGCAAUGUUGGUUUAUGAUAGCCUAAAUUAGAAGAGAAUUAUGACCAACAAUUUCAUUAAAAGAUAUAAAGUUUUGUGAGCUGCAGCAAAUUUCAUCAAAAGUGACAAAGAAUAGAGGAUUUGAGUAUUCACUCAGACCCAUGAAGUUUACAAUAAAUAUAUCUUGAGAAAGUUGAAACUGAUGGUCGCGAAUAGAAGAGACAAUGGUAGGAAAAUGCUGGGGGAAAAGGAUUCUCUCCUUUGUAAAAAUUAAACAUCAAGAAAGAGGUACCUCCGUUCAAUCUUCCCUCUUAUAUUUCUUCUACAUUUUGGGGUUCCUUUCUUUGUCCAUAAUUUUUCAUCUAUCUGAGAAGAUCUUUUACUAUGGCACAUCCACCAAAAACACAUAUAAUUCUUCCUUGAUAGAACAAAUUUCACUCAAGCACAUUGCCCCUAAUUCUAGUUUGUCCUCUGGGGCUAUUAAUGUUGGAAUAUGGACAGUGAACUGUAUUGGGCGUCUCGGGAACCGGAUGGGACAAUAUGCUACCCUUUAUUCCUUAGCCAAGCUAAAUGGAUAUCAAGCCUACAUCCAUCCAGAAAUGCAUUCGGCUUUAUCACCAGUCUUCAAGAUCACUUUGCCUGUAAUCCCUGCUGAGGUGUUUAGGAAGAUCCAAUGGAAGAAUGUUUAUUUGCAUGAUUGGAUGUCAGAGGACUAUCGUCACAUCCAAGGGAAAUAUGUCCAAUUGACAGGCUACCCUUGUUCUUACACCUUUUAUCACCACAUCCGCCAGGAAAUACUAAAAGAGUUCACUUUCCAUGACCACAUCAAGGAAGAUGUCAACCACUACCUGCAAAUCAUGCGGGGAGAACGUCAGAAUGUGACAUAUGUUGGGGUGCAUGUCCGGAGAGGGGAUUAUGUGAGGGUAAUGCCCAAAGCCUGGAAAGGUGUGGUGGCUGACAAAGGUUACUUGGAGAAAGCCAUGAACUACUUCAGAAAGAAAUACCUCAAUCCCAUCUUUGUGGUCACCAGCAAUGGGAUGGAGUGGUGCAAGAAGAACAUUAAUGCCUCCAUGGGGGAUGUUUACUAUGCUGGGGAUGGGAAGGAAGGCUCUCCAGGAAGGGAUUUUGCUCUCCUUAGUCAUUGCAACCACACAAUCAUGACCAUUGGGACUUUUGGUAUCUGGGCUGCCUACCUAGCAGGUGGGGAGGCUGUUUAUUUAGCCAAUUAUACCCUCCCAGACUCUCCAUUUCUCAAGGUCUUCAAGCCCUCUGCAGCCUUCUUACCUGAGUGGAUUGGGAUCCCGGCUGAUCUUUCUCCAUUGCUGCCCAAACCAUAAUUACAAUUUACUUUAUUUUAAUUUAAUUAAUUCAAUUUAUAUGCUGCCCCUCUCUGAAGACUCAGGGCGGCUCACAAUACAUUCCUAAAAAUCAUUAUAAAAAACAUUUAAAAAUUAAAAACAUUAAAAACUCAUUCACGCCAUUCAUGGCCGGAUCUCGCCAGAUCGCAGGAGUGAGAUCAACAGCCCCAGGCCUGCUGGAAAAGCCAGGUCUUCACCGCUUUUCUGAAGGCCAAUAGGGUGGGGAUGGUCUGGACCUCAGGAGGUAACUGGUUCCAGAGAGCUGGGGCAGCCACAGAGAAGGCCCUCCCCUGCGGGCCUGCCAACCAGCAUUGUUUAGCUGACGGGACCCGGAGGAAACCAACUCUGUGGGAUCUUACCGGUCGCUGGGAGCUAUGCAGCAGAAGGCGGUCUCGAAGAUAACCUGGCUCUGAGCCAUGAAGGGCUUUAAAGGUAAUAACCAACACCUUGAAUUGUGACCGGAGACCAAUAGGGAGCCAGUGCAGCUCACGGAGAAUUGGUGUAAUGUGGGUGUAUCUAGGUGCACCCACAACAGCUCGCGCGGCUGCGUUCUGACCAACUGUAGUCUCCGAACACUUUUCAAGGGUAGCCCCAUGUAGAGCGUGUUGCAAUAAUCUAACCAUGAGGUGACAAGGGCAUGAGUGACCAUGAGGAGAGCCUCCCGAUCCAAGUAGGGUUGCAAUUGGUGCACCAGGCGAACCUGUGCAAAGGUCCCCCUAGCCACAGCUGGCUAUAUUGGGAUGCCGGCAUCCACAGCCACUCGGUCUUGGAAGGGUUGAGUCGAAGCCUGUUCCUCCCCAUCCAGACACUGGGACAUCACUUCAAGGGCAUUGUUGGGGUGGUUUGGGGUGAAGAUGUACAGCUGAGUGUCAUCAAUGUACAGAUGGCAUCGCACCCCAAAUCCACGGAUGAUCUCACCCAGCGGCUUCACAUAAAUGUUGAACAGGAGUGGUGAGAGGACCAACCCUUGUGGCACCCCACAAACAAGGCGCCUCGAGGUCAACCUCUGCCCCCCUGCCAACACAGACUGUGACCGGUCGGAGAGAUAGGAGGAGAACCACCGCAACACAGUGCCUCCCACCCCAAUCCCUCCAGCCGGUGCAGUUGGGUUGCCAGGUCUGCUUCC